AUGGGUGUUGCCGCUGUUUUGGAUCCUAGGUACAAAACCGAUUUGCUUGAAUAUUACUAUGGAGUCUUCUAUGGGAAUGAUGUUGACUUCCAAGUUAAGUCAAUCAGACAGGUGUGCUACGAGUUGCUUUAUGAUUAUCAAUCAAAAAUGACCAACGAAUCUAGAAGUGAAUCUCAAACGUUGGAUGCUAAUGUUGAUACUGUUAGUAACGAUGGUUUGAAAGACUAUUAUUUGUAUGUCAUACUGUAG